AUGUACCACAGCAGUGGCAAUUACGAGGCCUUUGCUAGGCCGCUCAAACCCGAGGGUAUUGACAACAAGCAUGCCUGGAUUGUUGGCUCUGGCCUGGCCGGACUUUCAGCCGCUGCCUUUCUGGUCCGGGAUGCCCAAAUGCCCGGCAAAAACAUCACCAUUCUCGAAGAGCUACACAUUCCCGGCGGCGCCUUGGAUGGCCUCAAAGUCCCCGAGAAGGGCUUCGUCAUUCGCGGCGGCCGCGAAAUGGAGGCGCACUUUGAGUGUCUCUGGGAUCUGUUUCGCUCCGUACCAUCCAUCGAGGAAAAAGGAGCCAGUGUCUUGGACGAGUUCUACUGGUUAAACAAACGCGACCCCAACUACUCGUUGCAGCGCGCGACGAUUCAACGCGGCCAGGACGCCCAAACCGGCAAGCUGUUCACGCUGAGUGAGGCUGCGCAGAAAGAAAUGGUCGGGCUUUUCCUGGCAUCUAGACAGCAAGUGGAAAACAAGAGAAUCGAUGAGGUAUUUGGGCACGACUUUUUCCAGAGCAACUUUUGGCUGUACUGGCAAACCAUGUUUGCAUUCCAGACCUGGCACUCUGCGCUGGAGAUGAAGCUCUAUCUGCACCGAUUUGUGAACCACAUCCACGGCAUGCCCGACUUCUCCACGCUCAAAUUUACAAAGUACAACCAGUACGAGUCGCUGGUGCUGCCGCUGCACAAGUGGCUGGAGGAUCAGGGCGUCCGGUUUCAAUUCAACACCACGGUUCACGAUGUGGAUUUCGACAUGACCGACCAUGAGAAGAAGGCCACGUUCAUCCACUGGGUGCAAGAUGGCCAAAAGGGCGGCAGGGACCUUGGCGUCGACGACCUGGUCUUUAUCACCAUCGGCUCCCUCACGGAGAAUUCCCACCUCGGAGACCACCAGACGCCCGCCACGGUGCAAGACGGCCCUGCGCCCGCAUGGGAUCUCUGGCGACGCAUCUCGGCCAAGAGCGCCGACUUUGGUCGUCCAGAAGUGUUCUGCGGCAACGUCGCCGCGACAAAGUGGCAGUCGGCGACGGUGACGACGCUGGACCCUCGCAUCCCGUCCUACAUCCAAACGAUUUGCAAGCGAGACCCGUUCAGCGGCAAAGUCGUGACGGGCGGCAUCGUCACCGUACGAGACUCCAACUGGCUCAUGAGCUGGACGGUAAACCGGCAGCCUCACUUCAAGAGCCAGCCCGAGGACCAGAUCGUGGUCUGGGUCUACAGCCUGCUCACCGAAACGCCGGGCAACUACGUGAAAAAGUCGAUGCAGGACUGCACCGGGGAGGAAAUCACGCAGGAGUGGCUGUACCACCUGGGCGUUCCCGAGGCCGACAUUGCCGCUCUUUCUGCCACGGGCGCAAAGUGCGUGCCCGUCAUGAUGCCCUAUGUCACGUCGUUCUUCAUGCCGCGGCAGGCUGGAGACCGUCCCGACGUCGUGCCCCCCGGGUCGAAGAAUUUUGCUUUCAUCGGCCAGUUUGCCGAGACGACGCGCGAUACGAUUUUCACCACCGAGUAUUCCGUUCGGACGGGCAUGGAGUCGGUGUACCAGCUUGCCGGCGUGGAUCGCGGCGUGCCCGAGGUUUUUGCGUCAACCUACGACAUUAGACACUUGUUGAAUGCGUCGUGUCAGCUGAGGGAUGGCAAGGAACUAGCGUCGUGGAUGCCGGAAAGGAUACGGAAGCUGUUGUUUGAGAAGCUGGAGAAGAACCAAAUCGGCCAGCUAUUGCAUGAUUAUCACCUGAUCUAG